AUGCGGAGCCAGGAGAAGGGAGAGGGGGAGGAGAAGGAGGAUAGGAGGAAGGAAAGGAAGGAGGGAGGGCGCGGGGCGAGCAGAGAAAACGAGCACGAAGGCUCGAGAACCGCAGUCCGUUAUGCGAGGCCUGCUAGCCACAAAGACGGCAUCUCCGCCUCUUUCGACGACUCUUACGUCGUACCCACCACCUUGGACGGUAACACGGCGGACGCACAGAGCUACGCGUCCGACGUGUCCGUUCUACUGCCACUGCCCGCGCCAGCAGGCGUAGCGACGCACGGGAAAUUUGUCGCGCGCACUGCUGGGCACGAAGACAGCACUUCCGUCUUCCGGGACGACCUCAGCGCCGUAUCCGACGUCCUGCAGGGCAACACGUCUGACGUGCCCCUUUCUUUCACGUCUCGCUGCACAGACGAGAACGACGCCGCACCUGGUGUACCCGGAAACGUACCUGGCGCGUUGGUCGACCCCUCAUGUGCGAGCGACGGCAUUGAGGUACACCUUACAACGGUGCGCCUGGGUACUAGGCCCAGCCAGCAGUACGGUCAUCGUGCCUACUGCUCCUAUUUCGCGAGACGGCGCGUCUCUGGAAAGCCUUCGAGCUCUACCAGUCCGCUUCCUAUAUUCAUCCCUCCACCACAGCAUGCGGCGGAUACGUCGAGCCCAUCGCUCGAUAUAUCGCAUGGUGCCUUUUCUGUGGAUGUGCACGAAGCACGCACGUCCGUGCUCGCUGCCGUUCACCACAUCUCUGACUCGCAUAGCGGCGUGCCCGGAGAACCUCUUGGUUCUACUGGGCGGUCCUAUUCUCCUUCUAUAUCACCUCGCGCUAUGCAUACUUCGAGCCCGCCGCCCGAGGUACACACAGCCGAUUCCCGAGACGCGCGCGAUGCACCUUCAAGCAUGCUCGCCGCGACUCCUCAAACUCCCGUUUUGACGUACACGCGUCUGCCGCCCAGACUAGUGGAUAGUACCACGAGCGUCGAGCUCGAGGCACCAACUGCUGGCUACCUUACUGGUGUAGCAAGCCCGCAUAACGGCUUGGCUAACGAGCCUCGCGGCGUCACGACACAUGACGUGUCCGGUGUGCAAACGAGCACGACCGGUGCGUCUUACACCCUCAUGCAACCACCGCGCUCCACGUAG